AUGGUCCAUUCAAGAGACAAGGUUCAUUGUCAUGAGGAACCCAUUGAUAACCUCAACGCUUUUCUUAGACAGCAAGAAGUGGACAAGUACCAAAGCCUAGAGUCAAGCGGUGUUGGUCUUCCCCCGGUACCGAAGCUGGACUCUACUGAUGACCGGGUACCCAUGGUUCAAGAGAAAAGCGAGUACGAUCCUUGCAAGACAUCCAAAGAUAUAUGUCUGAACAAAGGAAAAUGCACGAAUCGAGAUGGCGACACAGCAGCAAAACAAACAUUUAUGGAUCCGAUAGAAUUGCGUGCCUUCAAAGAGAAGAAUCCUUCUCUCUCAGCGAGUGAGACCAAAAACAAGUUCCUGAUCACCAUUCAAUAUCAGUGUAUCUGUCCGGAUGGUUUUAUCGGCGAAUUCUGUCACAUUACUGAAGAAGAGCGAAGUUGUGAAGAGGACCUCUUUUUUUUUUUUACAAAUAGUUCAAUGGGCCAAGCCAUUACGACCCUGAGAGUGGUUGCGAUUGCAAAUGCGAUCCACACGAAUGGGUCGGGGAACGUGAAUAGCGUCGUUAGAAUCAUUUUCUCCAAUCGGUUACGUUCAAUUACAGUUGCGACAUAUCGGUCUCCGUGCGCAGGCUACAGUUGUAUGAACGCAUCAAAUUGUACGCUGAAAUACCAUGAAAAAGAAAACGCAGUCGAAGCUGUAUGCGAGUGUCCUAAAACAAUCGAACUUGUCCAAGCGAAGGUCACAGGUGGGAUUAUCUUCCUUCGUCAAGCAUUUUGA